AGAGUUUCCACUGAUUACGUUGCCACUACUAGUGGUGUCAGCAGGCAGUGAAGGGGGGGAGGUGACAGACUGCAGCAGAGAAAGGGGACACUAGUGAGACACACAGACAGAGCUCAUUCACUUCAACCACAGCUGACAAAAAAACGGUCGCACUGAGUACACAACACCAGGCUGGACAAAGAGCCCUCCUCCGUUCUGCAAACAUGAUAAUGGCCUCCACUGCACUUAUAAAAGACAGAGGCUUCCUGCUCUUCCUCGUAGGACUACUUGUGCCAGCAGUAUUUGUGUCAGGAGUCACCACCGUUAGUUCAUCCACGACCUCUGCGUCAAAUGCUACCACGGCAAACGCUACCUCACAAUGGAACAUGACGUCCACCACAUCUGGAGCCAUGACCCAGUCCAGUAACAGCUCGAUGACUACAGGUUGGACCACUCCAAGUACCUCAACCUCAAUGAUGACCACCAAAUCAACAGAUGGCAUGUCAACAACCAAUAUGCCACCUGCUAUAUGCUGUCCCUCAUUCACCUGUAACUACUCAAACUGCUAUGACAUGUACAACAGUCAGAAUGACACAUGGUGUGUUGCUGGAUCCUUUUGUCAGCUGUCAAAGCAGAUGGACAUGACCUACAUUGCAAACUGCAGUCUCUCGUGUGGCGAUAAAUGCGUCAAUGACUCUCAGAUGAACUGCUGUGUGGCGUGCUGCAACACCACUGGCUGCCUGAAUGGCACGUUUGCUUCCAUGAUGAUGACAACGACCACAACUGUUUCAACCACUGUCAUGACGACAACAACAGCAGCUACAACAACAACCACAGCAGCCCCUGCAACAACUACCAUUGCACCAAACAAUGGAAAUGAAUGCCAUGCAGGCGUUUGCGAUGGAGAGACGUGCUACACCCAAUUUCAGCUUAAAACCUGCUCCGACUCAGAGCCACACUGUCAGCUUAAAAAGGAGUCUGGAACUUCCCUGUUGAAGUGGACAGCAGGCUGCACUUCCGACUGUUCUCAAGAAACAACAUGUCAGGACAAAAUACCACCCCCAUGUCACCUGGAGUGCUGCAAUUCCACUAAAGGCUCCUGCCUAAAUUUGGAUGGCAAACUGAAUGUCUUCUCUUUCGCCACUAGAGGUCCUUAUCUUCACACAGAACUGACAGCUUCCUUGCUCUGUCUGCUGGCCGUUGCUAUAAUGCUGUGAGUUAGUGGCCCAGUUGAAGUGUGGCUCAGUAGGUAACCACGGCUUUGUGCAACUCACAUCCUCCAGAAAUAAAACAGAGGUAAACACCACUUUAUAUAUCUCAGUUAUAUUCAAAUGUGAUUGUUCUGUUUAUAUAUGUAUGGAAUCAUGUAAAGCUUCAGUUAUAAUGUUGAUUUUUAUUUCCUCUUUUAUUAAAGCUUUCUAAUCAUUCUUUUUCUUUUUAAAUCUCUGUUUCGAGUCCAAUGAAAUGGCUUUGAACAGUGUUUUUCAAUACAUCAACAUCAGGAAUCAAGAAAUCCCAAAUGUAAAUUUCUUAUUUUUUUAUAAAGAAGCAAACUUUCUUCUGAGAGGAAAAUCAAACCAGCUAUCGAUUUAUCCUUUGUGUGUGUGUGUGUGAGGGGGGUGGGGGGGCUUUAGCUAUGACCUUGCCCGCAAGUGUAAAUUAAUCUAUUGCUGCAUUCUAUUUAGAUCGGAACUCGGAAGUCAGAACUUAACAGCAGUCCGCAUUCCGUUUAAAAAGUCGGAAAAUGCAUCUUGGAAACGCCAUGGUUAGCAACACUGAUAACAACACACUAUGUCAGGGGUGUCCAAACUUUUUUAACGAGGGCCAUAUUUGAUUCCCGGGGGCCAAUGGUUCUUUUUUUCCCUUUUUUUUAACAGUAACAAUUACAUACAAAUGCACUGUUUUAUAUAAAAAAAAAAAAAAAAUUGCCAACACUGCGGGGCCAUACAACAACUCAGCGAGGGCCGUGAUUGGCCCGCGGUCCGUAGUUUGGACACCCCUGCACUAUGUGGUAUUUUGUGCGUACAUAAACAGUGUAGCAACCUGUCUACGAUUAGAAAUGAAACAGCACAAUGAGUACAACUGAUUUACUGAGAAACAAAUACAACCGGAGUGCCGUUAACAGUAAAAGUAGCACUGUUUGUCAUAUUGGAAUCCUGAAAUCGGGGUUUUGGUAAAAGGCGGCGUUCAUUCCCUCUUCAGCAAAGACUCGUGACCUCGUAAAUUCUGGGUUCUGACUACAAAUGUAACGCAGCAUUAGUCGUGUCUCCUUAAAGUAAAACAGUCCUUGUUUGAGCCAACUUUCAACUGGUGAUAGACGAUUCUUUAUUUUAAACGGGUAAGCGAGCCAAAGCAAGUUUCAAUGAACAUAAUUAUAAGUGAUGGUAUGAAAACCUUCUCUGCUUUAAGCCAUACUGGAAAAGAGGAAAUGAAAUGAGUUUAAUUUGUUAACACUCAACAUGUAAAGUUCAUUCACACUACAGUUAACAAGCUCUAUGAAGGAGAUGGAAGGAGCCAACAUUUCUUAUUUUCCAAGAGCCAACUUGCACUUUACGAAACUCACAUGUGCAGGUGUAACAUGGUGUUGUGACAGUUUGCUGAGGAAUUUCUGUAAUCACAAUGAAGUUUGCAUUUCAGUACUUUUGGGCAUAUCUUUUCUGUGAAUCCUGAGUUGGAUGUACAAAUUAUAUUUUUUUUGGUAUAUUGGUGUCAUGUAAAUUUAAAAUGAAAUCAAAACGGUGUUUGUCUAUUCUAGUUUUGUGUUCUGUAAGAUAAGAUAAGAAAAUACAUUUAAUAAAGUAAACGUAUAAAGUAAA